CUGCAUGCUGGGAGGAACUGAGCAGUUGACUGACUCCACCUUCACUUCCAGCCGUCACAAACCGUCCAGCUGGCUGCUCCGGACCGUCGCUGGACACCGCUGUCUUCACCUCCAGUCAUGGACCUGCAGGACCGGUGUCUAACGGUGUAGCCGAGGCGACUCUGUCCACCAGAGAAGUAUGGAACCAGAUGUAAUACCCAUGUACUCUUCCUCGCCGCCGCCAAUGGAGGACGGUGCAGAAGAGGACGACGAUGAGUUUGGAGAUUUUGGUACCUUCUCUGGUGUUCCAAACACCAUCAGUUUCUCCGAGUUUGACACCCCAACUACCUUCAACCAGAGCCAAGCUUUGACAGCUACCUCGCCGCCAGAGGUUCAGAACAGCAGAGGUGUGGUAAGCUUCAGCCGUGGCCCCUCCAACGGUUCCUGCAGUCCCAGUAAUGAGCUGUCUAAGCUCAAUGGCGUCGGGCCCAUUAGCCACCUGGACAGCAGUCCCUCAGAAAGGACUGAGACGAGGAAAACCAUGUCCUCCUCACUGGACUUCUCUGUGAGUGAGCCUGCUGAUUGUAAUGGCGAAACCACAGAGGUUGUGACAAACGGGUUUGUGACCUUUGACCUUCAGGGAAGCCCCUCUUCACAGAAUUCUGUCCACUCUCAUAUUAAAGGACCGUCCACGGAGGACGGGUUUGCAGAUUUUGCUUCUUUUUCCAACUCUGAAGGAAUGCUGGGUCAGUCAGCAGAGGAGCACAUGGACACUCCUCCGGAGACAGCCGUCCUUGCCCAGGACAAUAACAGGGAGCAGGGAGCGUCCUCAGAGGAAUGUCUCAGGGACACACACAGAGCUGAGGCCCCAGCUGGCUCUUGUAACACAGACCGGGGCCCGCACACAGACACUGAUUCUCUACAAAGGGACGUCGGCGUCACACUGGAGCCCUCAGACACUGUUUGCACUAAUGACCGCCUCCCUCUGAACGGGACGGAUGUAGAUGAGGAGGACGAGUCCAAAGAGACCGCGGCUGAAAACAACCUCCCAUCAGACAUGGCUGCAGACAGCGAGGCGGGUCAGUCAGACGAGAAGAGCUCAGAGACGGAGACGUCGUUUGGACGUCUGCUGUCGACAGACGCCCUGGAGGAGUACGGCGACAUGAGCACCAUUGGCUCGGUACCGUCCCCACCGCUCCAGUGGGACACGGCCACUCACACAGAAGAAGAGGCAGACUUUGGAGACUUUGGUGGUGCCGGAUCAUUCAGCGGUCAGGGCUUUGCAGAUUUUGAGCACCUGGAGGUCCAGAAGAAACAGAACACAUUGCAGAGUUCUGAUCCUCCACCAGAUUCUAUAAACACCGAGCAGGAAGAUGACUUUGGGGACUUCAACUCUCCUAAAUUUCUCACCGGUGAAAAUGAGGGUGCAGAUGGAGGGAAGUUUGCCAACUUUCCCACCAGCGAGAGUUUUGGGAAUUUCAGCUCGGCCAGAGAUGCGGAGGAGGAUUCGGGGUGGAGCGCGUUUGGAGAGCAGCAGCACCACAAGGAGGAUGAGGAACAGUCCUGGGCGGCGUUCAGCCCGGUGCCGAGCAUCGCUCCUACUGCAGACAGUAGAGAGGAAGAGUGGAGUGAAGGUCCAACUCCUGCAGUCAGCGAGGAAACCGGCAGGACAGAAACACACUCGGUGGCGCUGUCCAGCCAUCUGCAGGCGCUGUUUCUCAGCAGCUUCCCUGUGAGUUCCUCCCAGAGCCAGCAGAUGGAGGACCAGGUGGUGACCCUGAAGGUCCUACUGGAGCCCGGAGGGGACCAACCGGAGGAGGUGGAAGAGGAGAGGUUGACAUGCAGCCGGUCAGUGCAAGGCGGCAUGUGGACUCAGCUUCAGGACGUCAACGAAGCUCUGGGGCUUAGAUACCAGUGGGGGGGCUCACACUGCAACAAAGUCCUCCUCUGCUGCCUCGGCAUCGACACCAGAAACAUUUUGUUCACCGGACAGAAGAAGCAGCCGGUCAUCGUGCCGAUGUACGCAGCCAGCCUGGGGAUGCUGGAACCUACCAAAGAGCCUGUGAAGCCUGUUUCUGCUGCAGAGAUGAUCGCCUCCAUCGCUCAGACGCCUCCUGCAGCUGCAGAGAAAAGCUCCUGUCAGUCGGACUCGGUGCAGCAGGAGGCGCUCCCUCCCAUCCAGUUUGACUGGAGCAGCAGUGGCCUUACCAACCCUCUGGAUGCCAGCGGAGGCUCGGCUCUGUUGAACCUGGAUUUCUUUGGUCCGGUGGAGGAUUCAGGCUCCAGCAGCUCAGCCUCCAUCCCAGGUGUGGACCCGGAGCUGUUUGAGCUCACCACCUCCAAGCUGGACUCGAGCGGCGCCAGCAGCCGAGUGGCCGACGCCUUCGCCCGCCUCAUGUCCACCAUGGAGAAGACCAGCACGUCCACCAGCAGGAAGCCGAGGAAAGACGAGAAUCUGAGUGAAGAGGCAUCCAAGGUGAUUGCAGCGCUGCCGGACCUCUCCUUCAUGCAGGCUAAGGUUCUGAUGUUCCCCGCCACGCUGACGCCGCUCUGCUCGCAGGCCACACCCAACUAAAGCCCUGCCCAGCACAUCACCUGACCCCGGCCAUUUAACCUGCAUUAAUUUCUCAUUUUGAUGCUUAAGUUUGUGAUUUUUCAUCUUUUAGUUUUUCUGAAUAAAAUUCAGCAUUUCUGAUGGGGGGGCUGUGUACAUAAUCAGGGAUUUAAUGUUUUAUUUGAAUGAUUGGGCUUUUAUUUUGGCGGGAGUGUGAAGGAAACACUGGCUGAAGCUCUUAAACUGAACACAUAAUAAUACAUUUAUAUAAAGAGUCUUUAUAAAUCUAUUUAUGGACUUGAAACCACACUGCCUGCAGAAUCCAGCUGAAUGUUCGGAGGCCUUCCUUUCUCUCUGCUGGGAUUUCCCGUGUCCUGCAGCUUUAUUCCCAUUUCAUGAAGCUGUCCUUCCUGUUUGUCUCGUUUCGGGACGUUUGGUUGAAUCCAGGGUUUAGGAGCAGUGAAGGACUCAAGGGACCAACCUGUCAGUGUGUCUGUUGUUUUGCUCAUACUACUGUCGCCGUCUCCCAGGAGGAUUUUGCACAUUGUAAAGAUGAAUUGGAUGUAAUCAUAGUUCACUGUGGCUUUAGACUGUGUACAGUUAAACUAUGGACUGUAAAUGUUCCAGGAAAUUCCUAUGGAAAACAGCUGAAUCAGUGGAAGAGCCUGUGAGGAGGUCACCGUGCAUGUCCGGGUUCUUGCCAGACUGGAAGUGUGUAAAUUUUAGUGUACACAAGAAAUUAAAAUAAUUUAAGAGGAAA